ACAGAGCACGCAGCGGUUGGGGAGAGCAGAGCGCCGGGAGGACGCACCGAGGGCUCCCCGGGAGGGCCCUCGCGGCGCGGGGCGAAGUCCCUGAGCCGCCGGGUCGCCUGCGUUGCGGGGAGCGCGGCGGCGGGUCCCGCUCGCCAUGAGCCACCUCUUCAGCCCCGCGCUGCCGGCUCUGGCCUCCCCGAUGCUCUACCUGUACGGCCCCGAGAGGCCCGGGCUGCCCUUGGCCUUCGCCCCCGCCGCUGCGCUGGCCGCACCGGGGCGCGCGGAGCCCCCGCAGAAGCCUCCCUACAGCUACAUCGCGCUCAUCGCCAUGGCGAUCCAGGACGCGCCGGAACAGAGGGUCACCCUGAACGGCAUCUACCAGUUCAUCAUGGACCGCUUCCCCUUCUACCACGACAACCGCCAGGGCUGGCAGAACAGCAUCCGCCACAACCUCUCCCUCAACGAGUGCUUCGUGAAGGUUCCGCGCGAGAAGGGGCGGCCCGGCAAGGGCAGCUACUGGACGCUCGACCCUCGCUGCCUGGACAUGUUCGAGAACGGCAACUACCGGCGCCGCAAGAGGAAGCCCAAGCCGGGCGCGGGGACCCCGGAGGCCAAGCGGGCCCGCGCCGAGCCUCCGGAGCGCAGCGCAGAGGCGCCGCAGCCCGGGGCGGCCAGGGAUGUGGGACGGCCGAGUCCNCUCCCCGAAGGCCCGGCUCGGCCCGCGCUCCUGCCCUGGCCGGACCCAGACGCCGACCGUGCUGUCCAGGGCGCAGCCGCGGGGGCGGGCGGCCAGCCGGAGCGCACGGUGCCGGGCCCGGGAUCCCUGGCGCGCCCCACCUCCCGCAGCUCUCCCAGGGGUUCCCACAAGACCAAGAGUUUCAGCAUCGACAGCAUCCUGGCCGGGAGGCAGGGCCCGGGGCGCGAGAGCCCGGGGGUCGCCAAGCCCGGGCCCAGCCUGGGCGCCUCCCUCCUCUCUGCCUCCUCCAGCCUCCAGCCUCCCUUCAACGCCUCGCUAGUGUUCGACCCGCACGUCCAGGGCGGCUUUUACCAGCUUGGCAUCCCCUUCCUCUCCUACUUCCCCCUGCAGCUCUCUGACUCUGCGCUUCUCUUUCAGUAAAAUCAUUGGCCAGGCGGCUGCUUCCCCGUCCCUGGAGGGCCCCCGGCCACCACUGAGCCCAGGCCUUGUCCGGCUUGCCUCUGAGGGAAGGAGAUGAGCCCACCUCGGCCUUGGGGGCGGCAGUGAUUUGGAACAUUGGACCAACCUGCUCGGACCUGGAUGCACAGAUGGGCGGGUUUGUUCACCUGUUUUCUCCGAAGAGGACUUAAUCAGCAACCUGGUGGCCUCACAGACUGAGAAGUCCAGUCCUGGGGAAACCCGGGUAUGGAAGGCAGAGCUCUCAGCCCAUCUUGUCCGGAACAGAAUAAGCUGGCCUCAGGUUGGCCAAGGCCAGACUCUCCUUGUCUACCACAGGACAAGGGGCCUGAGACACCAACUGAUCCUGAGGGGUUGGCACAGUGGGUGAUGUUUCCCGUGGAGUUUCAGUCUGACUGUAGCAGAUUCAGUGGAACCCCUGUGGCACAGGCCUUAGUUUUGAGCUCCUUCUUGGAUGCUGGGAGUUUGCCUCUGAGUUUGGCCUACAAGUUUGCUUUCCAGGGCACUGGGGAUGAGCCCUGGUCCCCAGGGUCUGGGAGAUGUAGGUCUGCAUAGCAUUUACAACCAAGGUCAAGAGGAACCGCACAGAGAGCUAACACUUAUUUUGAAUAGAGAAAUGUUCUCUCUCUAGACAGUGAAAGGAACAUUAAUCUUGGCUUUAGGGCCCUUUAAGAGAGCAGCUUCAGCUGAGACUCUCUGUGCCCUGGCAACACAGCAUUUGGCAGGCUGUGUGUGGAACUCAGAAUGGUCCGCUCCUACCUUUUUCUAUCUUUUUAAGACACCAGAAGGUUUGAGUGUGGGAGGGCCGGGAAUUCUCAAGGUCAGAAUUUCCCUUUCUGUGGUUUUUCAAGACCUAAGUUUGUCUUUUGUUUCUCUUUUUUGCCACAUUUUCUAGAAUUCAUGAGCAAUCAGAAAAGCCAGGCAAAAUGGAGGGAAAGCCAGUGAGAAUGGCUUCAGGGAACCAGCAAGGAGUGUCCGUUGGAGGUGUCUGCAGAGGGUACAGGGUUCCAGGCUCGAUGCAGACUUCAGACACCCCAACCUCCGGCACCCCGUCACCGGCCCACCGCCACUCCUGACAUUAAAUAAAUAUAAGUAGUGACCGGGAGGUGGGGGGGACACCACCAAAAAUCCAGCCAAGGAAACUGACAUUGUCUCACGUAGCCCAGCCCCGCUUCUGGCUUUGGGGGAAACAGAUUCUCAUGGCUCCUGUGUUUCGGCUCUCUGCUGGGUUCUGAAACUUGGCUCGCCCAGCUGCCAAGGAACUUUUCUUUUAUCUGAUAUAGCACAGGUACAAAUAUGAAUUCUUGGAGGUAGGCAAAGGGGGAGGUUCAAAGUAACAGAGGAGUCCUGCCUCAUGCCUGUAGUUUCAAUACUUGAGAGGCUGAGGCAGGAGGAUUGAUGUG